AUGCGACUGUCUCUGCAUCAAGCAACCACUAAAGCAAUGGACUCCACUACCAUAGACGAGCCGGCACUGGCCGACGCUGGCAUCAUGGACACAACCAUGGACGAUCUCUUCGGCGAUGUUGCUGACGGCUUGGGCGCCGACUUGACAGGCGAUCUGACUGGCACCCUCGAUGGUGGCUUGAACGGCGCUCUCAGUGUGUCACUUCCUCAAGUACCUCUGCCCACUGAGUCGAUACUCAGAAUCGACGAGUUGCGAAGUCGUGGAUGCUGCUCGAAGCUGGCUUGGGCAAAUACCGGCAGCAUUGUCCGUAUUUCCGAGGAUGGCUCUCGAGUGACGUUCCACGCGAUGAUCAGGGAUGCCAAAGCCGCCUCGUGGAAGAUCAGCGACGAAAACAAGCAUGUCAUCGAUGCUCCAAAUGGUCGCAAAUUCGUUCACGUCCAGUUCAGUGGUCUCGGGAUGGACUUGGCCAUAGCGGACCAUGUUGGGGGACUCCACAUGUACACACUGUUAGGUGCGCUGGGUAGAAUGGGCCCAGCACCGGGUGACUACCAACGUGCGGCUGGACCGAUGACUGAGCUGAACGCUGUUGUUGGCCUGCAUUUCUUGCCUCUAUUCCCCACCGAGCUUAGAGGCCCAUAUCUUGAUCCGGCGGUGAAGAACGGCGAGAAGUGGCAGGUGACCAUGAGGAAUAGAGACCAACCGAAUCUGAGAGCUCACCAUCCAGCGGAAGGCAAACAUGCGUUGCUCCAUAUUACGCGCUCGGGUGUCUUCACUUUGCUCUAUCAGAAUGAAGGCCUUGGUUGGCAAUCGACGAGCAUCCCGCUCGAGCCAAUACGUUCGUCAAACGACCUAAUCUCACAUGCCGAUAUUUGCGAUGAUGGCGCCGACCUGCUUGCUAUCACUUUCGACAAUGCCUCUCGCUUCAGGCUAUAUAGGAUUUCAAUCAGCUGGAAUGCUACUCAGCACACACGAGGACCCAAUCUGAACUUCACUGUAGUCGCACCUGCGCUACAAGUGCAUCACUUGACUGCCUCUGAAAACAUACAUGUGCCGAGGGCCGACUUCGCUAGACUGACACAAUUGCGGCUUGUGCCUGUCGUGCAUGAAGCUGCACAAUUGGGCCCAACUCUGCCCACGAUCGUUGCGAUUUUCACCCACAUCGAUGUGCCGACGGACCCCAGCGGUGGCCAACAAUCUUUCAGCAUAGUGUCCCGUUGGCACAUCGAGACUCUGACGCCAAGUCUUCACGACAGCUUCAAGAAGCUCAAGCCUGGAGGCGACGCGACAAGCGUGUUGAAUCCGAUCACAGUGCUUCGACAACAAGCCGAUGCAGUCUUGGACAAAGUUGUGCUAUGUUUUGGAUCCAUAAUCUACGAUACGAUCUUCGCCUUUGGGACCAGCGAUGGUGGCCUCGAUCUCAGAGACAGGCAUAGUAUGGCAGAACUACAUUUCUCCGGGGAUACAGGAACAGUAUCUGGGUUGCCUCAAGCUGGAUUUGCGCACCUCACAGGUUCCCAGAACGUACACGUAGCCAUGUCUGCUGAUGGAGCGGCGUUGGCCCUCUUUCAACCCGGCGGCAAGCUUGUCGGUCAAUGCAUGGCUUUCACACAUGGCUGGCAGGUCGUUAAUGACAAUGGCAAACCACUCGUGGAAGCUGCAGCCGCUUGUGUUGCUCGAGAGUUCACGUUGCUGAGCUUGCAAAACAUAUCGAACGAUGAAGCGCUCUCUUUGCUUCCUCACGACGCCACGCCAGACCUCAAAGCGAUGAUUGUGAAGAUGAUCCUUCGCUUCGUCAAUCGACCUCCAGUCGAUGCAAUGGAUCAGAUGACGAAGCAGCAAAUGUUCAUACUACGUGAGCCAUUGGUGCCUCGCUCGCUCAGUGCACAAUUGGCAAUGGGCACGAACCACAAGACCGGAGCACGCGACGCUGGAGCUCAAUUCGCCUUCAUUAUGCUGAGUCUACGAGUUGUUGCGGCUACACUUAUGCAGACUUUGAUGAAGCCUGACCCGAGAGUUCAGACGCCCGAGACUCUGGUGUCGCUGCACAGCGUGAUCGAGUGGUUUACUAACCUGAUGAUAUACAUCGUUCAAACGUUCGUCGAGGUCAAGCGGACUUCAAAGCAGGAUGUUACACCAGUCCAGGCGUUUUCCCAGCUUCGUGGGAGCGAAACCAACGUGGCAUUGCAUAUAUUGCUCUGCACAUUUACGCGAGUAGCGAUACGGUUCUCGCUGCCGUUGGUGCAGAAGUACUUCCACUUCUUGCAAGGCGUUCAAGAACGUGCUCGGACCGUGAAAGAUCGACAGCAGAUCAGCGCCAGCCUGGAAAUGGCUUCAAAACUCCCGUUCAAAUAUCAUGAGUUCGAGAAGCUUGUUCUGGAAUUUGAUCAGGCCAUCAGGGAUGCAAUGGCGAAGAACGAUGUGUCUGCGGAUCGCCGUGCUGAUCUCGAGGUUGCAAUGAUGGUCGAUGGUCUGAUACCGACCGAACUGGAAUCGGUCGCAUCAGACUUGCUGGAGACAGUCCUUCCGAAGCUUACUGGCAGCAUGGACAUGAGCAAGCUGUAUUUCUGGCAGACCGAACCACUGGGCAUUCAAAGCAACAGACCUGUGGCGGGCAAGCAUAUCGACGUGAUUCGCAAGUUGCCCAUAGCGACAGACGCAGCACUUCGUCACUGUCGCCAUUGUGGAUCCGUUAUGGAAGAUCUACCUCAAGAGAAGCAGCGAGAGAUGCCGCCCUGGCUGCUUCAUGCUCAACGCCACUGCGUCUGCAUGAAUUACUGGCUUUUACUCUGA